AAUUUCCGGAUUUGACAACAACUUCCGGGAGAUACCGGCUACAUUAUUGAAAGUUUGUUGAAUUAUCCGUCUGAAUCCUCAUCAGGCACGUAAAUAUGAUGAAAAUAAAACGCUUUGUUUUUAUUUUCAUUGUUUUGUCAGUUGUUUGCAAUAUUGCAAUUGCGAGGCAAGAUGCUAUUAACAAUGAUCUGACUGUAUCCGAAGCAGACAGAAAAAUUGAUACUGCAACCCAUCUUGUCAAGAUUGUUACAACUGUUACCAUUGAAAACGGAGGAAAGUCAUCCGCAGGGUACUUUUUAGUGCCAGUUGACAAUUCUCUCAAGAAUUACCUGUCAUACUUUGGAGCAUCAAUUAAAGGUGAUGGUGAUGAGAAGCCAACUCCCCUUACAGUUGCACAAACCACAGUAUCUGGCCAAAGUGACAAACAAUUUUGGAGAGUCAACUUCCCAAAAGCUUUGGAAACUGGAAAGUCCAUUACAGUCAACGUCAAUUCUGUUUACGCCCAUGCAUUGACCCCAUUCCCACGUCAAGUGACACAGGCCGAGAAACAGUAUGUGGUGUUCACUGGGAAUUUGUAUGUUUUCCUGCCUUACAAAGUCAAAACCCAAACAACAACUGUGACAACAGCGUCAAGUACUAUUGAAUCAUACACCAAAACAAAACCAGUUUCUCAGAGUGAAAGUACCAUCACUUACGGGCCAUAUGAAAACAAAGAAGCAUUUUCUGAGGCUGAAUUGAGAGUACAUUCUGAAAACAACACACCAUUCUUGACCAUCACCAGCAUGGAACGUGUCAUUGAGGUAUCACACUGGGGUAACAUUGCUGUGGAGGAACACAUCGAGAUCAGACACUCAGGGGCAGAAUUGAAAGGUCCAUUCUCCAGAUAUGACUACCAGAGACAGGCUGAAGGAGCAUCUGUUAAAUCAUUCAAGACAAUCUUGCCAGCUGCAGCCAGAGAUGUUUAUUACCGUGACGAGAUAGGAAACAUUUCCACGAGUGCAAUGAGAGAAAUGGAAGAUAUGGUAGAAGUUGAGCUUCGUCCAAGAUUCCCACUCUUCGGUGGUUGGAAGACCAAAUACACUAUUGGAUACAAUGUUCCAAGCUAUCAGUAUCUUUUCAACAGUGGGGACAACUAUGCUUUAAAGAUGAGAUUUGUGGAUCAUAUCUAUGAUGAUGUUGUUAUUGACCAGAUCACAUUCAAAAUUAUCCUGCCUGAAGGAGCCUCAAAGAUGGAGUUGAAGACUCCUUUUAGUGUACAGAAGGGAGAUAAUGGUUUGCACUAUACUUACCUUGAUACUGUUGGUCGACCAGUCAUUGUUGCCUACAAAAACAAUCUAGUGGAAGAACAUAUCCAGGACUUUGAGCUUCACUACAACUUCCAGAAAUUACGUUUGCUACAGGAGCCAUUGCUGGUUGUUGGUGCAUUCUAUCUCUUGUUCUGUCUUGUUAUCAUUUAUGUCAGAAUGGACUUCUCUAUCACCAAGGACGAGGCUAAGGAGAGUAAAAUGCGAGUUGCUAGUCUAGUGGAGGAAGUGCAGAGUGCCCAGGACAAGCGUAGCGCCCUCUAUCAGAGCUAUGAUGAUGCAAUCGACAAGUUCAAGGCUGGGAAGGACCAUAGUAACUUUAUGUCUCAGAGGAAGAAAAUAGAUGGCGACUAUAAGCAACUUACUAGUCAAAUACAGAACCUACAAGGUCAACUGAAAUCUGAGGGCUCGGAUCUUGGUGAAAAGGUUGCUGAGCUGAAUCGAUUGGACCAUCAGUACAAAGAGCAAAUCAGUCUGCAGAUCACAUAUGCCGAGAAACUUGUGGCGAACAAGUUCAGUAAACAGCAGUACCUUGACAAUGAAAAGUCUAUAACAGAAAA